CCGGCCGAAGCAGACACACCGCAGGGAGAGAGGGCGAGAGAAAGGGGGCGAAGAGGAGACUGUCCUUCAGAGACCAGGGCUGGAGAGAGGAGUGAGGGCCCCUGUCUGGAGGCAGGGCCGGCGGCUCGAAGAAGACGAGGACGAUGGACGUCCGUCUGAUUGGUCUUGGGCUUCUGGUCUUGGGCUGCCUCGGCUCCGGCGCGGCGCAGAAACUCUCGCGGAGUGGACGGAACGUGUGUCUGGACCACAGGGAUCCAUCCUCUCUGGUUUGCUGUGAUGGCUGGCGUCAGCAGGGAGACGAGUGCACUAUCCCUCUGUGCGUGGGAGAGGGGGCUUGCCAGCAGGAUGAGGUGUGUGUCUAUCCAGGAAUGUGUCGCUGCAGGCCUGGCUACUUUGGCGCUCAGUGCAAAACCUCCUGUCCUCCUGAGUUCUGGGCAUCCGACUGCCGUGAGCACUGCCUGUGCCACCCGAAUGGGCGCUGCCACCCGGCUACGGGCGAGUGCACCUGCCUGCCCACCCGCUGGGGCCCGCUAUGCCAGCACGAGUGCAUGUGUGGCCGCCACGGCCACUGCGACCCGCUGCACGGCAACUGCACCUGCGACGAGGGCUGGUGGACGUCUACCUGUGCCAAGAUGUGCCACUGCUUCGAGCAGGGCACGACGACGUGCGUCCAGGCGACGGGCCAGUGCGUGUGCAAGCACGGCUACUACGGCCAGAAGUGCAGCCUGCGCUGCAACUGCUACCUGUCGCCCUGCGAGCAGAACACGGGCCACUGCCAGUGCGUGAGAGGCUGGUGGGGGCCGGGCUGCGACCGACACUGCAACUGUGACCUCAGCCACGGGGAGUGCCAGCCCAGCAACGGGGAGUGCGUGUGCGAGCCCGGUUACAAGAGCCCUGUGUGCCACGAGCCCUGCAGCCCUGGACACUACGGCAGCGGGUGCCUGACAAGGUGUGGUCACUGUGUUAAGGGCGCCGCGUGCUCUGCAGUGGACGGCUCUUGUGAGGCCUGCGAUCCGGGCUGGAACGGCACGCGCUGUGACCAGCUCUGUCCCGUUGGAUACUACGGAGACCACUGUCAUAAAGCAUGUCCAACUUGCAAGAACCAAGAGGCCUGCGAUCCAGUGACAGGGGAGUGUUCUCACUGUAACCCCGGGUGGAUUGGCCCCAGGUGUGACCGUUUGUGUCCCGCGGGAACGUUUGGCGACGGCUGCCGCUCUCAGUGCAGCCCCUGCUAUUAUGGACGCUGUGACCCUGUGGCAGGAAACUGCAUCUGCCAGCCUGGUUUCCAGGGCGACAGCUGCAACAGCACUUGUCCAGAUCACCUCUACGGUGUGAACUGCUCAUCUGUGUGUGACUGUGGUGAAGUGGACUGUCAUCGUGUCUCAGGAGCGUGCCUCUACAGCUCCCACGCAGGUCUCAUCGUGGGGCUUCUCAUCCUUGUGCUGCUUGUGCUGCUCGUGCUGCUCUGCUGCUGCUGCUGCUGCUGUUUGGGAAAAGUGCCCACUGAUGGGAAAGAGAGGGUUGCCGUGGGAGAUGGAGGUCCUGCCCUGCGGAUGAAACACCAUGUGUACAGUGUGUUGGCUACUGUGAGCUCAUCCAUCCCUUGCACCAGCUUGUGGACGUCAGGGUUGCCCAGAGUUACAGUGUCUCAUCACGAUCCUGAGCUGACGUUCAACCAUAGCUUCAUUGAGCCGCCCUCAUCUGGUUGGUUAACUGACAACUCGUUUGAGAGCGAUGAGGGAGAGGAAGGGGAGGCCUUGUACUGUGUUCCACCUAGAGAAGAUAUCUCCACAGUAGCGGGAGGGGAGUUCCAGGAGCUGAGCUCCAAGUGCAACAUGUUCCCUGACCCGUCGGCCUUCAGCUCUGAGGACAUGGCUCUGGCCUUCGGCAUCCCGCGCACCUCCAGCAUCGCCAAGUCCAAGCGUCCAUCCGUCUCCUUCGCUGAGGGCACCAAGUUCAGCCCCAAGGAGCGCCGUGGCUCGGGACAGGAGCUACCGGCUGUUGCCCGCAAGCCCAAGACUCCUUGGGGGGUCCUCAUGGUCUCUGCUCUCCAGAGCCGGGAAGAGGGCGGGACGGACAGGGGGGACCAGGAGCCAGAGACGGGCGAGAGCCUCGUGGACGAGCCGAGGACCGCGGAAGAUCCGGACGAUCCCGAGGCCGGGAGGUACGCCACCGCUCCCUCCCGCAGCACCCUCGCCGUGCCCGGAAGCAGCCGGCGACGCACACUGUCCAACCCGACCAAGAAGAACUCCCAAGCGCCGGCCCUGACCGGUAGCCACCAGUCGGAGGAUGCCGUGGACAAGGUGACCACUGUGUAUGUGACUGUGGGAAAAGCUCUGCGUGGGUCCAAGGCAGAGACCAGUUCAGAGGGGCCAGUACAGGCCAUGCUGCGCCGACUGGGCAGCAUCCAGAGGCAGAGGGAAGAAGGCAGCAAGCCCAAGGCCCGUGGAGAGGCCAUCGUCAAGCCCCCGCGGAGGAAGCUGGGAGCACGGGCCGCAGUCUGGGAGCAGGUGGUGAGCACCGGAGGAGGGGGGAGCCCCCCUGGCGCUGUGCCCAUGAGGAAGCCCAGUCGCCGGAAGCACACGACCCUCAGCUCCCCCUGUCCCAUGAGCUCCAACGAGAGCGCGCAGGAGGGUGCCGCCCCGAAGAGGCCGCUGUCCUCCAUCUUGAAGAGCGUCCCAGAGUGGGUGGCUUCUGCGUCGGCGAGGAGAGAGGUCCAACCGGCCGAGCCCCGAGCUUGCUGCCCAGAUCCUCCAGGAGAGGACGGGUAUCUGACUGUGGGACCUGCACAAAUUGCAACCAACCUGGGGGAAGUCAUCACCAAUGAAGUCAUUAUGGCCUGUGAUGAUGAUGAUGAUGGACCAAAGUAUGAAAAUGUCAUGCAUUAUGAAAGCAAGCAUAGUAGUACCAAUUAUGAAAAUAUCCAUAAUAUCUGAUUAUAUUUUACUUUAGCAAAUUAUUCUCCAUUUCUUCUCUUGGUACUUGGGGUCACAAAACUACACGUAUACACAGAUUUAGCACAAGAUGACUGCAUUAUAAUCUGUCUUGUAACCUCAGUCUGAUUAUUGUGUA